GUUUUCACGAAGUUUAAUAUCGAGCGAAAUAGUCAGAUUUGUCGUUAUUUAUUCGAGCUUGAACGAAAAGCUGCGAACGUGGUGGUAAUCUUAGCUUGGCGCCAUUUUUGUCAGCUGAUGCUAUCAAUUUCAGAAGCAUCGCCAAUAAUUUGAGCGUGAAUUACAAUUUUAUACGCUUUAUGUAACGCGCACAGCAUAUAAAUAUGAUUAGGAUGGUUAUUUCAUGGGAGAUCGUGUAAAUGUUUAUGUGACGAAAUACCGUGAAGGACUCGAUAUUUGUCAAUAAUACUUUUCGGCGAUUAUGUCGUUGCGCGCAGUACUAUGAAGACAAUAUUUUUCAUUGUAACACUGAUAUCCUACGGAUUAGCAGUGGAAGAGGAAUUACUGCAUUAUGUUAGCGAUGAUGUUCCUGGUGGUUCAUAUAAAUAUUAUAGCUUGACAUACGAUGGUUAUAUUAAAAUACGAUUAACUUCGUUAAGUGGUGAUGCAGAUUUAUAUGCAUCGCAAACUACAACGAAGCCAACGUAUGAAUUGGACCAUUAUUGUUUGCAAUCUACAACUUGCGGAGAAGAUAUCAUUUUUAUACCUAAGAGUUUUAAGCGGCCUGUGAGUAUUGGAGUUUAUGGUCAUCCAUCGCAUGAAAUUAGUAAAUACACUCUAUUAGUAUUUGAAGUAAUGGUUGAAGACGACAUAACUUACGAUCAAGCAUCAAGAAAUACUUACAAAGAUCAAGAUAAUAAGAGAGUGCACAUUUCAUUUUUUGCUAAUCUGGUAUGGUAUUUUAUGGAAUUUUUGCUUCAACUAUUAUUGUAAGUUCUAGAUGAUUAAGAAGUC